GAUAUCUAUGUCAGCAGAAAGUGUCAUGCGCGUGCACUCACUACCGGCGUCUUCUCAACACUGAUCUGGUCUGGUGAACGGUUUCAAUUAGCUGUACAACAAGCACACCAUGGGCAUCAAAUUCUUGGAAGUGAUAAAGCCAUUUUGUGCGGUUUUGCCAGAGAUCCAAAAACCUGAAAGAAAGAUCCAGUUCAAGGAGAAGGUUCUAUGGACAGCCAUUACUCUUUUCAUCUUCCUGGUUUGCUGUCAAAUUCCUCUCUUUGGCAUCAUGUCAUCAGACUCCGCAGAUCCAUUCUACUGGAUGAGAGUGAUUCUGGCCUCAAAUCGAGGGACAUUGAUGGAGCUUGGCAUCUCCCCUAUUGUCACCUCUGGUCUGAUCAUGCAACUCCUUGCUGGCGCUAAAAUCAUCGAAGUUGGAGACACACCCAAAGACAGAGCCCUCUUCAAUGGAGCACAGAAAUUGUUUGGAAUGAUCAUCACUAUUGGCCAGGCUAUCGUUUAUGUAAUGACUGGCAUGUAUGGUGACCCCUCCGAGAUGGGAGCUGGAAUCUGUCUGCUCAUUAUCAUUCAGUUGUUUGUGGCAGGCCUCAUCGUGCUGCUGCUGGAUGAGCUGCUUCAAAAAGGUUACGGUCUUGGCUCUGGCAUCUCACUGUUUAUCGCAACCAACAUCUGUGAAACGAUCAUCUGGAAGGCUUUUAGUCCAACCACUGUGAAUACUGGAAGAGGCACUGAGUUUGAGGGUGCAAUCAUCGCUCUUUUCCAUCUGCUGGCAACCAGGACGGACAAAGUGCGUGCUCUCAGAGAGGCCUUUUAUAGACAGAAUCUGCCCAACCUCAUGAACCUCAUUGCCACAGUUUUUGUUUUUGCUGUUGUCAUAUAUUUUCAAGGCUUCAGAGUGGAUCUGCCAAUCAAGUCUGCUCGCUACCGUGGCCAGUACAACACCUAUCCUAUCAAGCUUUUUUACACAUCUAACAUUCCCAUCAUCCUGCAGUCUGCAUUGGUCUCCAAUUUGUACGUCAUAUCCCAAAUGCUUUCUACCCGCUUUAGUGGGAAUUACAUCAUCAAUCUGCUUGGAACGUGGUCCGAUUCUUCAUCUGGUGGUCCAGCUCGGGCAUAUCCGGUCGGUGGGCUUUGUUACUACCUCUCGCCACCAGAGUCAUUUGGAUCAGUUUUAGAAGAUCCAGUGCACGCACUUAUUUAUAUAGCCUUCAUGCUUGGAUCAUGUGCCUUUUUCUCCAAAACUUGGAUUGAAGUCUCAGGCUCCUCCGCAAAAGAUGUGGCAAAACAGCUGAAAGAGCAACAGAUGGUAAUGAGAGGGCACAGAGAGACUUCUAUGGUCCAUGAAUUAAACAGGUACAUACCUACUGCAGCUGCAUUCGGCGGGCUGUGUAUUGGCGGUUUGUCAGUGAUGGCUGAUUUCCUCGGCGCUAUCGGCUCUGGCACAGGAAUACUGCUGGCCGUCACCAUCAUUUAUCAGUACUUUGAGAUUUUUGUCAAAGAACAGAGUGAAGUUGGUAGCCUGGGGGGAUUUUUCUUCUAGAAAUUCCCGUAUUCCUGCAGCUGUUAUUAGCACCGCCAUGUUGUGAAUUUUAUUUAUGUAUUUAUUUAUUUUUUACACCUUUGUGAAGCACUCCCGUCAUCAGCUUCCCUGGUUCAGGAUAUUUUUUCGGCGUCCAGAAUUCUCACAUCAGAUGAGGUUUUGUUAGAUGACAGAGCUUCUGGUUUCUCCACCUAUCUGCGAACACAAAAAGACUUUACAGUUUGCAUUUUUACUCAGUUUUAAAGCCCUAUACUAUUCACUGAAAAACUGCCUCUUCAGAGAGACAUCCGGGCUUUUUAUUCCAAGCGACAUGAUAGCGCUCAAGUAUGCGGGCAUACAUUGCUGGAAUGGUGGCCCAAUGCUUACUGUGUACAUGAAAGCACUCAAACUUUAUUGUUUCACUUUCAGUUUUCCCCUCAUGAGUGUUUAAAGUUUUAGUAAAGGUGCAGUCUAGAAGUUCAACUGUCACCCAUACUGGAGGCAAGCAGUGUCUGAAUUUUUUUAUGCUUUGGACAUUUUUAAGAGGACAAAAUGACUCUCAGAGAAGAGUUGCCAGGAAAUUCAACUCCUCUUGCUGAUCAUUCAAAACACAGGUACCGGUCUUUCUAUUAAAAUACCAUAUCAGGUGCUGCAGUAUUAACCCACCAGUCACGUUCAUAUUUUGUAUAUAUUAUACAGUACAUUGUGUUUUUUAUUGUAUAUGUAAAACAUUGAGUGACUAUUUGUUCUAUAUCCUUGACAUAAUUUAUUUUGUGUACAAAUGCCAUGUUUUGGAAUUGGUCUUUUAAAAUGUUUAAAAAAUGCAUUUCAAAACAAACUUGUAGAAAAAUGUUUGCAAUUAAACAAACAAGAAAACUUAGAAAAACGGUCUUAAAUCCAUGGUGACAG